GUCCCCUCUUGCUUGUGAAGAGUUCAGAAACACGGGGAGAAGAGAGCCAGCUGCAUUGAAGAAAGCAUCUGCCCAGUGGCAGACAGAGAUCCUUACACACUCAUAAUAAAUGCUCCACUGCUGAACUUUGCAGCUUGCCUAGAUUCUCUGGCUGGCCUUAGUGGAAACAGAGAACAAGUCAGACGCAGCAAGAAGGACAAAGAAGGAAAGAAAGCGACAGAAAGAGAGAGAGAGAGACCAUGAGGACCCUCAUCAUUCUUGCGCUCCUGGCUGUCCUAAUGAUGACAGCUUACUGCUAUGAGUCCCAUGAGAGUAUUGAAUCACACGAAUUUACAAGCCCAUUCAUUAACAGAAGGCAUGCCAAUAUCUUCAUGAGGACUCCACCUGAGGACAGGAGGGAUCAUUACAUGCGGGAAAGGAUUCGAGAGCGCAGCAAGAGCCCCCAGGAACUCCAGAGGGAGAGAUGCGAGGAGUACAUUCCUUGUGAGCGUUACGCAAUGCGCCAUGGUUAUGUUGCUGCCUACAAGCGUUACUUUGGGCAAAGAAGGGGCAAGUAAAUACAUCUGGAAUCAGCAUUGCCAUUCCCAGUGCCUGGAGCCUGGGUGCUCUGUCUACAAAGAGAGACAUCUCUGAAAUGUAUUGUUGCUUGUUAACGCCAUGUUAUUCCAACCUGCUGCUUUGUUCUUCUGUAGCCAUUGAUUCCUAGAUUCUGUGUUAAUUCGCACAAUGCUGAUGUAGUGGUGUUGGUGGUUGGGCAAAGAAAGUAGGGGGCGUUUAUUACCAAAUAAAUGGCUGGUUUGAUACUGUU